GUGGUGGAGGAGCUGCGGAAGCUCCUGGAUUGCUACGAGCGGGACCUGGGGGAGCCUCUGCCCUUCCUGGCGCUGGCGCUGAGCUCCCGAAAAAACCUCUGCGUGCACCCCGAGGUCUCCGCUCUCCGUUUCGGGAAGGAGGUCGACAGUCGCUGCCUGGCCCUGACGGCCUCGUACCUGCAGGACCCCCCCGAGGGACCCCGGGACGCCUGCGCCUUCUUCCAGGAGUUCGAGGCCCGGGGCCGGCAGAGCCCCCUCCCCUUCGGGGUUCACAACCUGGACGAUCUGCGGGCGCUGGGGAGGCAGCGCGGCUGCUGCCCCUAUUUCCUGGCCAGGAGCUCGCUGGCCCACGCCAACGUGGUGGUGUACAGCUACCAUUACCUGCUGGACCCCAAGAUCGCCGGGCUGGUGUCGGCGGAGCUGGCGCGCUCCUCGGUCGUGGUGUUCGAUGAAGCUCACAACAUCGAUAACGUCUGCAUCGAGGCCAUGGGAGUGACCAUCACGCGCCGGACGCUGGAUCGGUGCCAGGCCAACGUGGCCACGCUGCAGAGCACGGUCCAGAGGAUCAAGGAGACGGAUUCGCGGCGCCUGGCGGACGAGUACCGGCGCCUGGUGCAGGGGCUGCGCGAGGCCGGCGCCGCCCGCGACUCCGACCUGUUCCUGGGGAAUCCCGUCCUGCCCGACGAGAUCCUGCAGGAGGCAGUCCCAGGCAGUAUCCGCACAGCUGAGCACUUUGUGGGGUUCCUUCGCCGUUUGGUCGAGCAUCUCCGGGCUCAGCUCCGGGGACCCCGAGUGCAGCAACUGAGCCCCCCAGCGUUCCUGAGAGAGCUCAGGGAGAAGGUCUGCAUCGACAGGAAACCCCUCAGGUUCUGUGCCGAGCGCCUGCACUCCCUGCUCCGCACUCUCGCCCUCCCCGACGUCGCCGAUUUCUCUCCCAUCACCCUCGUGGCCAAUUUCGCCACCUUGGUCAGCACCUACAGCAAAGGUUUCACAAUCAUCAUGGAGCCGUUUGACGAUCGCACCCCGAGCAUCUCCAACCCCGUGCUGCACUUCAGUUGUUUGGACGCCUCCAUCGCCAUCCGGCCGGUGUUCGACAGGUUCCAGUCAGUGAUCAUCACCUCGGGGACUUUGUCCCCCCUGGAGUUUUACCCCAAGAUUUUGGGGUUCAGCCCCGUUACCAUGGCAACCUUCAGCAUGACCCUGGCCAGGAGCUGCAUCUGCCCCAUGAUCGUGGGCAGGGGCAACGACCAGGUGGCCAUGAGCUCCAAAUUCGAGACCCGCGAGGACAUCGCUGUGGUGAGGAAUUACGGGCAGCUGCUGCUGGAGCUCUCGGCCGUGGUCCCCGACGGCCUCGUGGCUUUUUUCACCAGCUACGUUUACCUGGAGAGCACGGUGGCCUCGUGGUACGAGCAGGGCAUCCUGGAGAACAUCCAGAGGAACAAACUUCUCUUCAUCGAGACCCAGGACGGCGCCGAGACCAGCGUGGCCCUGGAGAAAUAUCAGGAGGCGUGCGAGAACGGCCGCGGGGCCGUGCUGCUCUCGGUGGCGCGAGGAAAAGUCUCCGAGGGAAUCGACUUCG